GGCUGCGCCAGCCCGUGUAAGCGCGCAAACGUGAGUCUGCUCUUCGGCUUUUCUCAUCUCGGAGUUUCCUCGCCGCUCGAUUACGCGCGUACACCUGUCUACUCGCUUUUCAUCUCGCGAAUUUCUUAUCAAGACAUUGACGGAGAUCGUUUGACGAGAUCGAAACGAGUUUCUUUGGUGUAACUUUCAAAAGGAUAGAAACAUUUGCAGUUAUAACGUUUCAUUCAGAACGGAACUAAAAAACAAGUUGUUUAUUUAUAUCGCUUUGAUGUUUCUUCUUUGUAUGAUUUGUGGAGAGAUAAAAAGCAGAGUUUCAAACUGAUCGUGUAAUUACCUAUCUCUUUUAUUGCGGUUGAUUCGUGCUUUCAUUCGGGAUAUGUGUACCACGUGUGGUGAGCCCGCGAAUCCACCUGCUGCUCCUACUGAAUGGGAUUAGAUGAGGCACGACGGUACGUUAAAAUGAUGGCCUGAGCCUCGGAACAAGUCUUCAUGGAUCGUUCACGAAAAUCAAGAAAUGACCCGAGUCCCGCGGAAUUUUCGUCGCCCAGGCGAUGUCCGUCACGUCCUGGCAACAUGACGGUCAAGAAUUUCGGAUCGAUUCUAGCUUUGACAAUGCUGACCGCGGCGAGUGUCUCCUCUACCCACGUGCCUGACAAGUAUCCCAUUGAGGUAUAUCAUAUGUUGAGGGAGAAGACACAGUUCGGUCUUAACCGGGACAAUCGGAUAAGAGGAAGCUGGGGACCGUGGAGUUCCUGGAGCGAGUGUUCUAGAACUUGUGGCACGGGUAUUCAGUCUCAGUCACGCGAGUGUGUGCCCUACCAGAGACUUUUAAGGAAACGAAGCAUUAUCACGGAGAACGGUACGAGCAACUCGCGACCCAUUUGCAUUGGCACAUACAAGAGAUACCACACGUGCAACAUGCAGAAAUGUCCAAACUUCUCGGAGGAUUUGCGGGCGGAACAAUGUGCCAAGUAUAACGGAAGAAACUACAAGGGCGAGAGCUACGAUUGGGUUCCGUUCUUGGACGCACCAAACUCUUGCGCGCUCAAUUGCCGUGCGGUCGGCGAGCGUUUUUACGCAACGCUUGAACCGGCAGUAAUGGACGGCACACCCUGCGACGCACCAAAUCUUCGUGGGUAUAAUACAGGAAUUUCUAUGGAACGUACAGAACGUUGGCUGUGUGUCGCUGGACAAUGCAAGCCGGUAGGUUGCGACGGCGUGGUGGGUUCUGGCGUCACCAUGGACGCUUGUGGUGUCUGCGGUGGCCAGGGUAAAGGUUGUAGACUGUACGAGGGUAUUUUUAUGGAACCAAUCCUGCCUAGGGGUCAUCAACCUGUAACCACCAUUCCCAAAGGUGCCAUGUCUCUCAACAUAUCUGAAUUACGUUUCAGCAGCAACUUCUUAGCUUUGAGAGACAGCAACGGUAGCUACAUACUGAAUGGACCGGUGGCUUACAGUCCAAGCGGCACUUAUAAAGCGGUUGGCACGACGUUAACAUACCAGAGGGGUGACAGAAAUCGUAUGGAGUGCAUCGUGGCGACCGGGCCACUGAAUGAUUCUUUACAUUUAGAGAUUUUGGCGCAAGAAAUGAACCCAGGAGUGAUUUACAAGUAUAUGAUGCCGUUAAAGAGCGGGUCAAAUGGAAGGGCGAUGAUAGCACCACCGUUUCACGUGACAGGAUCCAUCGAUCGUGGCAACGAAAUUCCUGAUUCAGAUGCUCGAGUGGCUCUUACUGUUCCAGUGAACAGAAUAUCGAAUCAGAAGAUCGACGCGUCACCAAGGAAUCACGAUCAAAGCCGAGUGCGAGUCCAUGAAAAAGGACGAAAGGAAGAAAUGAAACAUCUGCCGACCACGGUGAUGGCCGGUGAUCAGCCAAAGUUGAAACCGAAAAAGAAGAAACGACUGAAAUUCGCGUGGAAGGUGUUUGGAUUGACUCCUUGUUCGAAGGAAUGCGGAGGAGGUAUCCGAACGGCGAUCUUCAAGUGCGUUCGCGAAAUCAAUCAGAUGAUCGUGAAUGACAAACGUUGUCGUAACGUGGGAAAGCCUCAACAACCCCCUCCAUUGCGCUGUAACGAAACCCCUUGUUUACCCAGAUGGAGAGGCGAACCAUGGAGCGAGUGUUCGGUCACCUGCGGUAUUGGUACUAGGACGCGAAAAAUAGAGUGCGUACAGGAACUGAACGCAAAUUUAACGAUGCGAGUCGCAGCGGGUGCGUGCGUUCAACCACCGGACUUGAAGACCAUGGAAACUUGUACGAAACCGACUUGCACGAACAGUCCGGAAUUGAGGCACAUGCACUCGCAGCACGACACACCCAGAUGGGACGUUGGCCCUUGGAGUUCGUGUUCGACAACGUGUGGAAAAGGAAUUCGAAAUCGAACAGUGACUUGUAUCACGUCUGGCAAAUCAUGUCCCGCGUUCAAUAAGCCGGAAUCGCAAAAGAUUUGUGAGUCUGCACCAUGUAUGCAGGCAGGUGCGGACCAACGGGCUCCUUGGCUGUACUCCGAGUGGUCGUCCAAGUGUUCCGCGGAGUGUGGUAGGGGAGUGGAAAGCAGACAGGUUGCUUGUGCCGAUGGUAGCGAACUGUUCUGCAAUCCCAAAGACAGACCGGAAACGGAGAGACAGUGUUUCGGAAAAGGGACCAACUGCGAUGGCGCGAAAUGGUUCACAGGACCAUGGUCAUUGUGUUCCGUGUCUUGCGGAGUGGGUGUCCAGUAUCGAGAAGUCCUUUGCUUGGCAAGGACGAACAACGAAUUCGUCGUUUUACCAGGGAACAACUGCAACGAUUCGAGGCCGGCGAACGAGCAAGUAUGCAGAGCGACCGAUUGCUCGCCAACAUGGUUCACCUCGGACUGGUCGAAGUGUUCGGUGACGUGCGGUACCGGAAUUCAAAGUAGACUGGUUCGAUGCAUCCUUGAGGGGGUUACAACCUCGAAUUGCGUCGAAGUUACAAGACCGAAAGAGCGGCAGCAAUGCGACUUAGAACCGUGUAAAAAGGACCCCCCAACUCCGAGUAAGCCACCGAAAAAAGCCUAUGAGACGACGAAGUGCAUCGACAAACAUCCAAACUGUGCACUGGUGAUGAAGAACGGUUUGUGCCGGAUAAAGUACUACAAAUAUUCUUGUUGUCGUUGUCGCGAGUAGUUUUAACCAUCGCGCGAAUGAAUCACGUUAGGUUCGUUCCUUCAUAGAUACCUAUAAUCGUUCGUAUCGAUAUGAACUCGUAGUUCUCUGACCUUUAGUUCAAUGUAACGCUUCCAUUGAAUCGGAAGAAUCGUGCCGAUUAAUAAGACUGUUACGAAGACGUGACCGUAUUACGUAUUAAUUUUAUUUAGCUUUAUUCCUUCUGUCAUCUUGUUCUCGCGUGGCAGACUGCGAAACAGCGAUUAUUUAAUAUCUCUAACGUUAACCCAGUCAGUGGAAUAGUAGAUAAAAAAAUUCGUGAAUCUAGAAUCUAGAGGAAUCAACUAGUCGUUCGAGAUAGACGAAAAUCGAGGGUAUUGAAAAAGAAAUAGAAAGUAUUUUUUACGAGAGAGUACGUGCACGAUAUCACACAGAAGCCUAAUUUAUGCGUUAAAAUUGUAUUUUAUUUACACAGAGGACCGACGCGGGAAACGAAGGAUUAUGGUAUUGUUACGUCCCUGGAUAAAUUGCAACUGAUUUGUAUGCAGGCUCCUCUCGAAACCAGUCGAUACACCCGUGUAUCCACUUAGGCAAAGUUGCGAGCCUGUGCCGUCCGGAGAAGCUUGCAUGAACGCGCGAAACGAAAACGGGUCCGAGCUGGCACGCUGUCUGGUGUCACCGCGAAAAUAAGAUACGUAAGAAGAAAAAGGGAAACGUGUCGAUACGGCUGCAUGUGCUCUCUCGAUACAUGUACUUGGAUAGGUAGGCUGUAUUAGUCGCGAAACAUUAUUUAUCCCGUCCGUGCGCCCGUAUCGGUGAAGCCGGACGACGAUGGCUGAGUUGCCACGGGUAAUUUCUGUUAUCGAGCAUUUAAUUAACAUAUCGGGCCGAGCAGAUCCGGCAAUUUUGAUUUACGAGCCUCCACUCGUUAACGAAUUCAUCCGUGACACGAGCAACAGGACAAUCCUGAAACGGAUAUAGCCUUUUGUUUCCUCUUGUUCUGAUGGACAGACAGGAGAAACGCGUUGCAAAAAGAAUGCAACGUUCUGGAUGAAUUAACAUGUUUCAUGCUGGCUGUUAUAAUAUCUCACCCUUUUCACUCGUCAACUUAAUUGAUACCUUUUAUUCUAUACCUACGUAUCAAAUGUUGAGCAUUAUUGUGAAAAUAUCAACGCGUUCUUCUGUCCAUCGUUCUGCGGCAUCAACGUUAACCGAUCUGUCUAUUCUCAAUAUAAGUUUCAUAGUACAUAUUAAAGAUAACUAUAGCAAUGACAUCGAUUCAAGUAUGUACAAUAUCAAUCAUAGUGUCCGUUCGUCUAGUGAAAAAGCACUGACUUUGGAGUCCAAGUUUAACUGCAGC